AUUAGUGAUGUGAUUAUUUUUGUUAAUAUUUCAUUAUUAUUCUCUUAUAGGCUGUACAAUCCGUAUAACGCAUAAUAGGAAGGCAUAGUAGCCAUUAUGUAGCCAUAGAUUAAGGAAAUACUUUGAUACUGUCGAUUCAUAGAUAAGGUUAUAACAACCUUGAUUAAAAAAAACAGCUUAAUGAAGUAGAUUUUUGAUUAAAGUUUUAAAGAGAUAAUUAGUUCAUGAUUAGUUUCCUUGAACGAAAAUUUAAUAGCUUAGAACUGUUAGUUGUACCUCGUUUUUUCUAAAUGCGUACAGUUACGAUAAUCACUUGACUUUAUCUAUGCACGUAAUUAUUUGCAAGUCACUAAGAGUUGUUAUUAAAAUUUAUUGCUGAUAAAGCAGUCAGUGGACAUAUUUUUGAAAUUUACUACUUUAAAUUAUAUAAGUGUAGUGACUUUAGUAGUAUACAAUGAAUUCUAAAGCUGUUUUUGCAACUGUUAUGGUAUAUAUUGGCUGUGGACUAAAUAAUGUAUUCCUGGAGUACACGAUAAAGCAAGAUCCUGGCUCAGGACAUUUGAUAACAUUCCUUCAGUUCCUUUUUAUUGCAAUUCAUGGAUUUAUAUUUACACAUAAAUUUGGAAGCAUCAAACCUAAAAUUCCUUAUUCAGUUUAUUUCACUUUGGUUGUGAUGUUUUUUUUAACAAGUGUUGUAAAUAAUUGGGCUUUUAAUUUUAACAUACCAGUUCCUCUGCAUAUGAUUUUUAGAUCUGGUUCUCUCAUUGCCAAUAUGAUACUUGGAAUUUUAAUCCUAAGAAAAAAAUACAAACUUUCCAAAUAUAUUUCAGUGUUCAUGGUCACUGUAGGAAUUAUAAUUUGUACACUCGUUUCAAGCCAGCAAAAGUCAAGUAUUUGUACAGACUGUUCUGAUCAAACAGAUAAGAAUUCUAUGAACCAGCCACAAGAAGAAGAUAAAUAUUUUCUGUUUUGGUGGAUUGUUGGAAUUGCUUUACUAACGUUUGCUUUAUUGUUAUCUGCUCGAAUGGGAAUUUAUCAAGAAUGGCUGGCUUCAAAGUAUGGAAAACAUCCAGAGGAAGCUCUCUAUUUCACGCAUAUGUUAUCUUUACCAGGUUUUCUAAUAUAUUCAGGCAGCAUUUAUGAACAUGCAAGAAUUGCAACUUAUAGUGAGCCGUUUUCAGUUUUUUUCUUGAGUAUUCCAAUAUUAUGGAUUUAUUUAAUUGGCAAUAUCAUCACCCAGUACCUCUGCAUUAGUUCUGUAUACACACUGACCACUGAAGUAUCCUCUCUUACACUAACAUUAAUUAUUACAUUAAGAAAAUUCUUUUCUUUAAUGUUUUCUAUAAUUUAUUUUAAGAACCCAUUCACCGUGUAUCAUUGGUUGGGAACUGUCCUUGUUUUUACGGGGACCUUGAUAUUCAGCGAAGUUCCUGCCCAACUUAACGAAUUGUUUAAGAAAAAAAAGAAAGAUUAAUGAUAUGCAUACAUUGUAGUAACCACAAACGUUAUUGUAGAUUGACUACCAAAUGUUAUACGUAAUUUCGAAUUUUUACAAAAAAUUAUACGUAUUAAUAAAGAUAAUAAGACCGU